AGACUGAUCAGAUUUACUUUCUUGAAAUUCAUUAAAUUUAUUUAUUCACACAUUACAUAAAACAAGAAAGGGACUCGCACUUCUGUCUUGAAACCCACAAACAAAACCCAGUUGUAUGCUUUCUUAAACCCUUAUGCAUGAGCUACAUUUCUUCAAGAAGAGCAACAAUGGUGGGCAUUCAUUACUGGAUUGGGUUGAUAGUUUUAAGUUUCAAGAUAUCAGCAGCUUUUCCAUUAUCAGCAUGCGAGUUUCCAGCAAUUUAUAACUUUGGUGACUCAAACUCAGAUACUGGUGGCAUUGCUGCUGCUUUUGAGCCUGUUAAACCUCCUUAUGGUCAAUCUUUCUUCCAUAAACCUGCUGGCAGAGAUUCCGAUGGCCGUCUCAUUAUUGACUUCAUCGCUGAAAGACUAAGACUGCCCUACUUGAGUGCAUACCUGAACUCUAUUGGAACAAAUUUCAGGCGUGGAGCUAAUUUUGCUACUGGAGGUUCAACCAUUAGGAGGCAGAAUGAGACUAUUUUUGAGUAUGGCAUUAGCCCAUUUUCUCUUGAUAUGCAGAUUCUUCAGUUUGACCAGUUCAAAUCAAGGACUGCUGAUCUCUACAACCAAGUGAAGGGUAGCCCGGAAGCAGACAAACUGCCUAGACCUGAGGAAUUUGCAAAGGCUCUCUACACUUUUGAUAUUGGCCAAAAUGACCUCUCUGUUGGGUUUAGAAAGAUGAGUCCUCACCAGCUUACAGCAACACUGCCUGACAUCAUUAACCAGUUAGCUACAGCAAUCCAACAUCUAUAUGAGCAAGGAGGGAGGGCAUUUUGGAUACACAACACAGGACCAUUUGGUUGUUUGCCAAUCAAUCUGUUCCAUUUCCUCUCAAAUCCAAGUCCUGGCUACCUUGAUGGACUUGGCUGUGUCAAGGCUCAAAAUGAGAUGUCUGUGGAGUUUAAUAGCAAGCUUAAGGAUAGAAUUAUCAAGUUAAGAGCAGAGCUUCCUAAAGCUGCAAUCACAUAUGUGGAUGUUCAUGCUGCUAAGCUCCAUCUCAUCAAGAAUGCAAAGAGUUUAGGAUUAGCUGAUCCAUUGAAGGUCUGCUGCGGUUAUCACGAGAAAUUUGAUCAUGUAUGGUGUGGGUGUAAGGGAAUGGUUAACAACAGUGAAAUGUAUGGUGCAUCCUGCAAAGACCCUUCAAUCUUCAUAAAUUGGGAUGGUGUUCACUACACUCAGUUUUCUAAUCAUUGGGUUGCUAAUCAUACACUCAACGGUUCAUUGGCUGACCCUCCAACUCCAAUUACUCAUGCAUGCCAUAGGCAAUGAGUUGAAGAAUUUAAGCUAUAUUGCGCGAAAGCUUGUUGAGUCUUACAUUUCAGCGUUAACAUAGUAAUAAUUUGGUUAUGAAUGAGUGAAAUGUAACAAGCAGUCAGUUCAAGUGAAAUGUAAAAGAGUUUAAAAUUGCUAGCAUAAAGAUUUAUGUAAGAGAAUUUAUGAUAAAUUUAUCUAUAUUAUGCUAGUGAAAGGAAGUUAAAUAA